GCGCGCAAGUUAACUGGCGUAGGAAGCAACGAUAAGAGCAACUUCAUGACACUGAUUCGUAACAAGGAGAAGGGUAGCCUUACCCUGAACCUGAACCCAUUAUUUAGGAGUGAGUCUUUCGGGUAUUACUACCCUCAUGAGGUUGAGCACAGCCACAGCUACACUAUGAUGGAGAAGAGGCAGCUUUUUUUGAGAAGCUAUCAGUUCUGUCGAAAGAAGAGUCUGAAAGAGAGAGUGAAAGGGUCUUUGGUUCGUGUCAAGAAGGUUCUCUGUUUAAGGCUGCGAUCUGCUAAGAGGCUUCCAAGGGUCCUGUUUUCCAGAAUCAGAAUCAAAUGCGGUUUCUAUUACCGCAAGAGAAGGUUUUCACGCCUUCUCAAUGCUCACACUCACACCCGCAAAUUCCACUCUUCCUCUUGUUUCUGCUAUACCAGUACCACUUCUCAUCACUCCUAACAAUUCAGCAAAUUUAUCUCUUUUUAUUUCAUAAUUCAACAAUUCUACUUACUAGUUACAAACACAUUGGAAAUUGAAAAUUGGAACUGGGAAAAUAUAUACUAUACAGUAUAUAUAAAUUGUUAUUCCUUGCAAGUUUAUAAUUUAAGUUCACUAACUAGUAUGGACUACCAAAGAACCAAAAAUUAAUUCAUGCAUUGUAAUUUGUAUGUUUUUGGUUUAAUUUGAGUAACAUGUUGCGUAUUUGGCAUUAAA